AUGAAUACGAAAUUAGAAAGAAAAGUAUUGGAUGAUAAUAAAAAGGACAAUAAAUAUAUGUUUCUUAAACCAAUAUAGAGUAGAUUUGAAGAUUAUGCCAACCUAUUUAUGUGGAUUAUGUAACAAUAAUUUGUGAAUACGGCUUCUGUUAAAAAUGCUUGCUUGAAUAUUUGCUUAAAUUUCAAGUAUAAUGAUUAGGUUGGGAUUAUUCAAACGAAUAAUAUAAAAUUAUUCACUUAAUUGAAAUAGGUUCUAUUGUGGAAGGUGUAAGGAAAAGUCAGUCAAUUCACAGUUGGGAUGAAAUUGGAUAUUUUGGACACUGCCUGUAUUUGA